CAGGCGCAUUAUCAUGGAGUUUAAAGUAUUGCUAUUGAUCUUGAUUGUUUCCAUACCAGUUGUUCAAGCAAGUUUGGACAGGAAUGACCUAGAAGAAAAGAAGAGAACCCCUUUAAGUUCAAAAAUUUGUCAUUGGGUGAUUAAGGGAGGAGUAAUGGUGGCCAGCUAUGCAUUCAUCAAAACUGUGGUACUGCCGGCAGUGGGGAUCACAAAUGCAGGGAUAGCUGCAGGUUCCAUUGCAGAGAAAAUCUACAAGGCAAUGGUAACAGCUAAGGGACUGAUAGUGACGAAGGGCGGAUUUGCUGAUGCAUUCCUUAUGAAGUAUGCAACGAAAUACGGGUUGUCUGUCACGAUUUCAAUGGCUGGAAAAAUUUACAAUACCAUUGAUCCUUAUCUGGACAUGUUAGCAACAUACAUAUGCGACUAAUAACUCAUCUCAGAAAUAUAAUUAUAAAACCAAUAUACAAUAUAAAGAAAGUA